GCCCUUGGGCAGCCGCAGUGCGAUGGAAGCACAGGUGGAAGAAGAAGGUGGACAGCCACGACCACCCCACGCCAAGCACAUUAAGAAGAGGGCUCUCAGGAACAAAGCUCUCUCCGUUUCAUUCAACGAGAAGGACCUCAGGGAUUUUGUGGGGGGUUUUCACAAGAGAAAGAAGAAAAGGAGAAAGGAAGCGCAGCAGAAGUUACAGGAAUCUCAGAGAAUCAAGCGUAUUGUGGCGCGUAAAAAGAGGAAGCUGGAAAGGGAAUUGGUUCAAUAUGGCGGUGCACCAACAGCCACUGGUUCAGAACCUGAUGAAUGUGAUGAUGAGCAUGAGCAAGACGAUGGAGUUGAUGAGCCAAUUGCAUCAGUUUCUGGAACAACAAUGUAUGACAAUGGUGACACCAAAGUCAUAGUGACAACAAGUGAGAUCUCCCGUGAAGAAGAGAACCAUCUGACUGAAAAGACACAAGGAGCGGCACCUCCAGCAAUUGUAGGAUCUAAGAAGAAGCACAAUGUACCUGUGAGUAAGAAGAAAGCAUUCAAGAGAGUCGUGAGACACAGAUCACAGCCAAAACUGCAAAGGAAAAGAGACAAAAAGAAGGGGGGAAAAAAGAACAAGAAGAUACACUAGCUCUACCUCCUCCCACCAAUCCCCCUUUUUUUCUUUAUAUUAUGAAAAUUACCAAUACCAAAGUGCCUUUUCUUUUGAGAAGAAUUUUAAGCAACACCCACCUGAGUGGAGGAAAUUUAAGUUGUGGUUGGAUAGUGCAGCUUUGGUUAUUUAUCUGGACAUGACUUUUGUAGUUCUGAUAGAUUCACUAUUGCCCUACUUGUAACAGAUUAUGGUAUGCUAUUUUGACUGGAUUAGACGUUUAGUUUGAGAAUUUAAAUAUUAUUAUUUUUUUACCUGGCCUUA